AUGCUGAUCAUCGGGCUCACCGGCUCAAUAGCAACGGGCAAGUCUACUGUCUCGUCCAUCCUCUCCACACCACCCUACUCCCUCCCAAUAAUCGACGCCGAUCUCCUCGCCCGCAAAGUAGUCGAACCCGGCACCGCAGGCUACAAAGCUAUCGUCAACUACUUCGGCCCUAGUACACCAGAUCUACUAUUGGACGAUGCGCCUACAAAUCCAAACGGGAAGCCACUGAAUCGGCCAGCGUUAGGGCGGCGCAUUUUCGGCAGCACAGAAGAACGCAAACGGGAUCGACAAGUCCUCAACGGCAUCGUCCACCCCGCCGUACGGUGGGAAGUCUACAAAGCCCUAAUCUACCACUACCUGCGUGGCCAAUGGGCGGUUGUCCUGGAUGUACCGCUCCUCUUCGAGAGCGGGAUGGAUCUCAUCUGCGGAACCGUAAUCGUGGUCGGGGUUCACGAUCCUGAAAUCCAAACGGCGCGGUUGCGCGCCCGCGAUGCACAUCUCACAGCCGAGGAUGCAGCGAACCGGGUCCAGAGUCAGGGAGAUGUGCGGACGAAAGCGACGCAGGCGGAGUUCCGGGGGACGACGACGGGGCGCGGGGUAGUGGUUUGGAAUGAUGCUGAUAAAGCACAGCUGGAGGUUGCUGUUAGGGGGGCUAUGGCUAGUAUUGCAGCUUCCAGUCCGAAAUGGUGGGCUUGGACCUUGUUGGCUGUGCCGCCGGUUGGGGUUGGGGUUGCUGCUUGGAAUUUGAUUGUGAAUUUCGCGACGCAGAAGGGGUGGGAGAAAAAGAAGCAGGAGGAGAAGGCGAAGCUUUGA